AGUCAGUUUUCUCACAUUUGAAGCUGGUGUGUGGUCAUAUCAAACCUCUCUCACUCUGUGUCAAAUCCCCGAAAGAAGACAAGGAACCAAGGUCUCGGUGUAGACUUUAGGAAAUGUUUGAAAUUGAGACUUUCUGUUGUGUCCUGUGACUGGAGAUUGUGUCUGCUCACAGGAAAAGCAAUUUAUGUUUAUCUGAAAACUUUUAAGGAGUGCCAAAGAUUUUAACGUUGUUUGGACAGCCAUGUCGUAUCUUCUUAUUGUGGGACUUGUGGUACUUUGGAGUGCACAGCUUCAGGCCGAUCCAGUACCCAACCGGUGCAACAUCACCCGCACCAUUCUGCACACGACCCCCUGCACAUCCUGCGCGGCCUCUCAUGCUGUCGUCUGCCCGGAAGGUUUCAGGAAAACAUCUAUGAACGCCGGGAACCCCGGAUGCAGUUAUGUGGUGUCCAUCGGAGACCGUCAAGUUGAACUUCCCGGGUGCUCACACACCUGUGAGAAGGUGACGACGGAGGAGAAGUGCUGUCCGGAUUUCUGGAGUCCGCUGUGCUUGCCUUGUCCCAGUUGGGCAGGACAGACUUGUAAUGGUCACGGUACGUGUGCAUCUGGAGACUCGGGAAACGGCACCUGUGUUUGUAAGGAGGGAUAUACAGGUUAUGCCUGCCAGGAAUGUUCAAAUCCGAACGCUUAUGGAAACCAAUGCAGCUCAGAAUGCGACUGCGUGAACGGAAAGUGUAACUCCGGACCAGAUGGCAAUGGAGAGUGUUAUUGUCAACCACCUUACUCAGGACCAAAGUGCAAUAAAGUUUCUUCAUCUUGUUCAAACUGUCCAAACUACUCGUAUUGUAAGGGAGAUGGCACAAAUGCCGUAUGUGAAUGUCUGCCUGGGUAUUACAAGAUUGGUGGUUGUACAGCUAGGUGUUCACGGAGCAGUUGCCCUGCGAACGCUAUAUGUUUAAUGAAGAAUGGAAAGUUUAGCUGCAGGUGUAAACAGGGAUUCGUGGGUGACGGGAAACACUGCGUUCCCAUCAACCCCUGUGAGACUAAUAACGGAGGCUGUCCGGAAGAUUCCACCACUUGUGUUUUAACAAGCCCAGGAGAGUCAAAAUGUGUGUGUUUGCCUGGAAUGGAGUCGUCGGACCCAUUGAGCGGCUGUACACUGAAGUCGGCCUGCAGCCCGAGUUCUUGCCACAGCAGCGCCCGCUGCGAAACGAACUCAGACGGCACGCCCAGAUGCCUUUGCAACGCUCAGCAGAUUGGCGAUGGCAGACGUUGCUAUGGUAACCUCAUGGAAAGGGUUCUGGAGCUGGACAGAGAGGGCAGUGAGGCGGGAAAUCUCACAGGAAGCGCUCGACUGCUCGAGCAAGGGUGUGAGUUUAUUCUGAGCCAACAUGGCCCAUUCACACUUUUCAUUCCAGUGGGACAGAAUCCGUUCCAAACGGUUUUAGGUAAAUCUUCAGCCAUCAUGAAUGCAGUGUGUAAAAAUCACCUCAUCCUCGGACAGAGGCUUUAUAAAGAUUUAGAGGGAAAUGAUCUGUUGACGAACGGAGGAGAAAAGAUCAGAUUCAAAACAAAUAAGCAAUUCAUCUUGAUGAGAGAUCCAGACGUAUUGUUCACGAUACUCAAAAGUGACAUUCCAGCAUCAAACGGAAUCAUUCACCUCAUCGACAAACCUUUCACCUUGGCUCAUAUUGAAUCUUCCGACACCAACACUGAGUUCUCCUCAAAGACCAUCGGGGAAAUUUUCAGAGAAGAUGACAGAUUCAAUCGAUUCCUGUCUCUGGUUGAUAACUGCGGAACGCUGCUGCCCGUCAGAAGUCCAGGUCCUUUAACUGUGUUUGUCCCGACCAACAAGGCCAUUGAUAGAUUUAGAGAUGGAAGCGUUGUAUACAUGCUGAACGAUGCCAAACCAAAACUUCAAAUGCUUUUAAAGCACCACAUGUUCUCCCAGGCUGCUGUAACCGUGGAUCAGUUGGCCAGCAUGUCUGAGAUCACCACCAUGGCCAAUGAGAUCUUAACCAUCAACGUCACUGGGGAUGGAAGAGUCUUUCUGGGCGAUAAAGGAAUACCUCUUGAAACAAAAGACAUUGUUGCGUCCAAUGGAAUAAUUCAUUUGAUUGAUGGAGUUCUUGUACCAUCCUCAAUAGUUCCCAUAAUGCCCCAUCGAUGUGUCGUCAAUGAGAGCAAGAUCGUCAUGGGUCCGUGUGUCAGGUGUAGUUAUCUCUACGAGACGCACUGUCCACCUGGAAGUGUUGAGCUGGAAAAUCAUCUAAGAGGCUGUGAGCUAGAACCCGACCAACGAUCGUAUUCGUUUGCAGAUACUGGCUGUGCCAAAUACUGUAACAUUACACAGACGAGAGCUGAGUGUUGCAGUGGUUUCUAUGGGCCCAACUGUAAACCAUGCAUUGGAGGUUUCCAGCACCCAUGUUAUGAUAAAGGGAAAUGUUUUGAUGGAAUCGCAGGUAACGGCUCCUGUACUUGUGAGCCGCGGUUUAAGGGGAUCGGAUGCCACAUCUGCGCAGACCCCAAAAAACAUGGAGAGAACUGCGAUGAAGAUUGCCGCUGUGUUCACGGUGCCUGUGAUAACAGGCCCGGCAGUGCAGGCGUGUGCAGGAGAGGUUCAUGUGUGGCCGGGUAUUCGGGGGAUCUUUGUGAUCAGACCGCCACCCCUUGCAAUGCAGAUAGCGUUUUUGAGUAUUGCCACAUCCAUGCCAAAUGCGUCUACCACAACGAUCAAACCAUGUGCGUUUGUCUGCCUGGAUAUGAAGGGGACGGAUAUACGUGCACUGAAGGCGAUCUGUGCCUGAAAUCUGAUAGAGGAGGCUGCCAUCCCAACGCCGGCUGUACGUACGAAGGAGGAAAGGUGAAUUGUGUUUGUAUGGAGGGAUGGACAGGUGAUGGGACGUUGUGUGUGGAGAUCAAUAACUGCCAGUUGGAAAGUCGUGGUGGUUGUCACGAACAUGCUGACUGUACAUCGACCGGGCCGGGACAGAAUGAAUGUAGCUGCAAAAAAGGUUACAUGGGAGACGGUGUCGUCUGUCAAAUCGUCAACCCCUGUUUGACAGAUAAUGGAGGAUGCGACUCUCAGGCGACGUGUAAAUUAAAUAAAGAUGGAACGCACGACUGCACAUGCCCAAGUGGAUUUGAGGGUGACGGAUUCACGUGUUACAGCAACAUGCUUACGGAGCUAGAUGGAAACUCUGAAUUUUAUAAUUUUAAUCUCCGUCUUCAAAGGCACUUAGUGAUUGACAGCGGCAGCAGGGUUACGGCUUUGGUUCCCUCCAAAGCGGCUUUCAAAAACCUCAGCGCUUCUGAGGAGAAUUUUUGGUUUGAUUAUUACAGACUUCCACACCUUCUUCGAGUUCACUUUUUAGAUGGAAUUUACACCUAUGAAGACCUGAAGCAACAAGUUGGUAAAACACUCCCGACCAUUGGCAAAACGAAAUGGGGGGUUCGAAGCAAAGGAACGGAACUCAUGAUCGGCAAUGCUACAAUUGUCGUUCCGGACAUCAAGGCAAUUAAUGGAUGCAUUCACAUCAUUGACACGGUUCUUCUACCGCCUGUUUCUGAUAUUCCUCCACCUCCUCCCAGUUUGAUGGAGGUGUUGAACAACACUCCAGCAUUCAGUCUUUUCCGGAAGGCAGCACUGCUUUACAACUUAGCAGAUAGUAUCCCGACCAGAGAUUACACCAUUUUUGUCCCAUACGAUAGCGCAGUACGCGACUACCUGAAUAAAACCAACUCUACACAGCUGAGCAUAGACGUUGUGAAAUACCAUGUAGUUAUAAGUGAACAACUCUUUCCUGAACACUUGGGCGAUGGAGUCUUCAAAAGCACGUUUUUGGACAACGGCACUCAAAUCAUGUUUUACGUAGACAGUGAAAAUCAGACAAUGGCCAAUGAUGUUUCUAUAAAUGGGAGCUUCACCGAGACGAGACACGGCGCUUUGUAUGGGAUCCCACGUGUCUUGGACAUUCACAAGAACCAUUGCAGUAAAGAUGUGGUUUUAAGAGUUGCUGGUCGUUGUGGAGAUUGUAAAACUGCACCUAGAUGCCUCUUCAAUACCUAUCCAAUACAGCCAAGGUACCCUCAAAACAUGAAGUCAAACUGUAGGUACCGGACAAGAGUCGGAAAGAAGAAAAAAUAUGUGCCGGGCUGCCAUAUGGACUGCUUGAAAAAAACAAAGGACCACUCUUGUUGUCCUGGAUACUUUGGGCACGACUGCUUUAAAUGUCCUGGGACGGUGGAUAACUGGUGCUCCAACAAUGGUCAGUGUAAAGAUGGACUUCAUGGCACCGGGGAGUGUCUCUGUAAUGAGGGGUUUCAUGGGACUGCAUGCGAGAUGUGUGAACCCGGGAGAUAUGGACAAGACUGCAAGUCAGAAUGUCAGUGUAAACAUGGCAUGUGUGUGGAUGGGAUUGAGGGAACCGGCCAAUGCAUUUGUUUUAAAGGAUGGAAGGGAGUGAAUUGCUCUUUUGAGAUUGUUAAUGAUGCCUGUGGUGGAGUUUGUGAUGUCAAAGCCAAUUGUAUCUCAGGAGGUUCAGGAACUCCGGUUUGUUCCUGCACGGCAGGUUAUGAGGGCAAUGGGACUUUCUGCAAAGAAAUUAACCCAUGUGACACACACAAUGGAGGAUGUUCAGCAUACGCAGACUGCGUGAAAACGCAGCCGGGAGAAAGAAACUGCGUAUGUAAAAAGGGCUACACGGGCGAUGGUGUCAUGUGUCUCGAAAUCGAUCUCUGUUUAGUGGACAAUGGAGGAUGUGACAGCAAUGCUUUAUGCCUAAAAACUGGACCAAACAGGGUCGCCUGCACGUGUAGAACUGGUUUCACUAGUAUAGGUCAUAGAUGUCUGGCACUUAAUCCAUGUCGAAAGAAUAAUGGUGGCUGCAGUCUUAAUGCUGUCUGCAAAUACCUCGGGGAAGGGGAGCGCAAUUGUUCCUGCUAUGCUGGUUACAAAGGAGACGGUUUCAAUUGUGCGGGAACUGUCAGUAGAGAGCUUCUUCGUAAACCUGAGGCUGCUUGGUUCCGAAGAAAUUUAGGCGUGUCCUCUGUGCGAGAUUUGUACAGUUCAGGACGGUUCACCUUGUUUGUACCUCACACUGAUUACGUUGUUAACCAAACGGUUGAAGCAUGGCUAAAUAAAAGCUACAGUGCAGACAUGCUGCGAAAUCACAUUGUUGGCUGUGAAGAACUACGAGAGUCAGACCUGAAGUCUGUUAAAGAAGUCGUCACCGGUAGCGGAUUUAAAUUACGAUUUAGCGUUAGAGAUGUAAGUAAUUUACUACCAUCCUUUAAAUAUUAAACAUAAAUUUGUAGUUUGUUAUUUAUACUAUACUAUACUAUAUUAUACUACACUACAGGGUUUAAAAAAAUUGUCAGCCGAACCCCCGUUUCCAUGAAUUAAUUACUUGAAUUACCCCCUGAGAUUUUAAGUAACUAUUUAAAUAAUUUAAUAGCACAUUUGCAUAAUUCACUUUUUUAUUUUAAUGUCAUUUCUUUAUUUAUUUUUCCU